UUUGGUGUGCAUGAGGAAUGUUUUGCUGACCUGUAUGUAUGUAUGUAUGUAUGUAUAUGUGUAUGUAGAGGUGAUGGUGAUGGUGGUGGUAGAAAUGCAGAUCUUGAAGAGAUUGAACAGUCAGUGCCAGUGGUGAAUGGAUUUCAUCACUUGGAUGCACCUAAUUUUAGCAGAAUGGGCUCAUUGUACACUGUUAUGAAGGAAAACAAUGUUUCAGUUGUGUCUAGUAACUUGCAGUUUGGUGGGCUCACUAAUAGUACAGGUUCAACUGAGAUGGGCUCAUCAGGUAGGGUUGUUGGGCAAUCCUUGGUUCCAAGGGGUGAAAAUGGAAUUUGGAGUUUUGUAGGGAGUAAUUUGCAAUUUCAGAACUGGGCAGAUAGUUCUGGCAUUGUGCCUAAUCACAGCCAACAAACUGAUGCCUCCACAGAAACUACUAAUGGCAAAACUCAGGUACUUUGCAAGCUGGCUCAAAAUCGUGAAGCAGCAAGGAAGAGCCGAAUGAAGAAAAGGGCAUAUGUCGAACAAUUAGAAAACAGUCGGCUAAGGCUCGAACAGCUGGAGCAGGACAUCAAACGAGCACGUCAGCAGGGUUUAUUCAUUGCACCUGGAUUUUCAGGAGAUCAGACAAACUCCAUGGGUGGAUCGGGGCCCGCGUCAUUUGACGUAGAUUAUGCCCGUUGGCUUCACGAGCAUCAACGGCUCAUGAACGAUUUGAGAUCGGCCGUAAAUUCACAUGCGUGCGUCACCGAACUCAAACUUAUAGUCGACAAGGUUAUGUCCCAUUAUGAAGAGGUCCUCGGGAGCGAAAUCGAGCCACUAACCGAACAACAGUUGGUCGGAUUUUGCAACCUACAACAAUCGUCCCAACAAACCGAGGAUGCUCUUUCCCAAGGGAUGGAAGCCUUGCAACAAUCACUUGUCGACACGCUCUCCUCGAACUCGUUGGGCCCACGAAACUCGAGCAACAUAACCGAUUACAUGGGACAAAUGGCUAUUGCAAUGAGCAAGCUUACGGCACUCGAGAAUUUCCUUCAUCAGGCUGACCUUCUGAGACUACAAACAUUACAACAAAUGCAUCGGAUUUUGACGACACAUCAAGCUGCGCGUGCGCUUCUUGCUAUUAACGAUUACAAGUCCAGGCUUCGGGCUUUGAGUUCGUUAUGGCUUGCACGUCCCAAGGGUUGA